GAUUUGAAAGCAACAUCAUAAUAUUAAAUAACUAACAUAUCUUCACAUGAUUCAUGAUUGAUCUAAAGUCUGUAAAGGAAAAUAAAAUAAAAUAAAAUAAAAGGGCUAGUGACCCUAAGUGCCUAACUUUGUCAUUGCAAUACAUCCUUAUUUUUUUUUUAACUUUUUUUUUUAAUAUAUAAAUGUCUUAUUUUCUUCUUUAUAUAUAUUCAUUCUGCUUUGUGACACACACAUACAAAUCAUUCCCACUUUCCUGUACAAAUGAUCAUAGAUCUCUUACCAACUCUCAUGGCGAAUUCUCUACUCCAUGAACCUCAGAAGCUCAUCAUUGAUACUGACCCUGGAAUUGUUGGUAGACCAAUUAUAAUAUUAUAAGAAUCUCUCCAAAUAAUUGUCAUGAUGAAUUUUGGCCCCCUUUUUUUUUUUAAAUAUGAAGAUGAUAGCAUUACAAUUAUGAUGGCAUUUGAGAGUCCAGAGGUGGAGAUCAUAGGCAUGACCACCAUUUUUGGUAAUGUUACUACACAAGGUGCCACACACAAUGCUCUUCUUUUGUGUGAGCUUGCAGGACAUCAAAAUGUUCCAGUAGCUGAAGGCAGCCCUGAACCACUUAAGGGUGGAAUUCCUAGGGUUGCUGAUUCAAUUCAUGGUUCUGAUGGAUUGGGGAAUAUGUUCUUGGCACCACCAAAAACUAAGAAAAUUGAUAAGUUUGCUUCUGAAUUUUUAGUGGAGAAAGUUUCAGAAUAUCCUGGUCAAGUAUCUGUUCUAGCACUUGGACCUUUAACAAACUUAGCUUUGGCCAUCAAAAGGGAUUCUUCUUUUGCAAGCAAGGUGAAGAAAAUAGUUGUACUUGGUGGUUCUGUUUUGGCCUUAGGGAAUGUUAAUCCUGCUGCAGAAGCAAAUAUCUAUGGAGACCCAGAAGCAGCAGAUAUUGUGUUUACCUCUGGAGCUAACAUUGUUGUUGUUGGAUUAAACAUUACAACCCAAAUCAAAUUCACAGAUGCUGACCUCCUUGAAUUGAAGGAAUCCAGAGGAAAGUAUGCACAUUUAUUGAGUAACAUGUGCAAAUUCUACAGGGAUUGGCAUGUUAAUUCUGAUGGUUUCUAUGGAAUUUUCCUUCAUGACCCUGUCUCUUUUGUGGCGCUUGUGCACCCAGAUUUAUUUACUUAUAAGAAGGGGGUAAUGAGAGUAGAGACACAAGGCAUUUGUGAGGGACAUACAAUUAUGGACCUAGGACUAAAAAAAUGGAAUACAAGUAAUCCAUGGACAGGUUAUUCUCCAGUUUCAGUUGCUUGGACGGUGAAUGUUGAUGAAGUUCUUCGUUUUAUUAAGGAAAGACUCAUGAAAUCAUGAUUCUACAAAGAAUCAAUCAAUAUAUAUAUAU